AUGACGCCUGCCGACUUGCAUCGGCGGGUGCAUGAUUUCAGGGAGCGGCUGCCGCACCUUCCCAUGCCGCCCUCCUCUCAUGCCAAGUGCCCGGGGGUCUUCAAGGUGGCGAGUGAGGCCGGCUGCGGCGGCGCGCUGCUGCCGCGGUGCCGCACGUUCCCGGCGGCCGCCCCCGGCGCGCCGGACAUCGUGGUCGAGUUCUGGGGCUGCGAACGCUGGCCGGAGUGUGACUUCAGGGACGUGCUGCCCAAGCGGUUACUCACCCCGCAGCUCGCUCUCGAGGCGGCACCGUCAGACGGCUUCAAGGUUAUGGCAGCGCUGGGCGCAGAGCAGGUGAUCCAGCACUGCGGGGGCAUGCGCUCUCUCCUGGGCGCCAUCCGUGUCGACCUCAGCAAGGCUUUGACCGACGCUGAGAGUGAGGAGGAGGAGGGAGUCAAGCCGGCGGUGCUGAUUGGCUGGGAGCACUACGAUGCGGUGGUGGCUGCUCUGAGGAAGAAGAGCCACCACGGCCUGGACCUCAUCGGACGCGCCAGCCUCAUUCCAGACAUCACCCUUGCUGCCCACAAGGGUCGAUAUGAGAAGGCGAGCGACGCUGAGGUGGAGGACCGUUUCGGACGCAUGGCGCCCGUGCUGGCGCGUGCCCUCCUGCCCUUCCAGCGGGAGGGCGUGCGUUUCGCGCUGCGCCGCGGCGGCCGAGCGCUGAUUGCUGAUGAGAUGGGCGUCGGCAAGACCGUGCAGGCCAUCGCGCUCGCCUCCUGCUACCAGGAGGAGUGGCCUCUCCUGGUGGUGGCGCCUGCAAGCCUGCGCCUGGUGUGGGCGGAGGAGCUGGCGCGCUGGCUGCCGCACCUGCGCGCAUGUGCCGUCCACGUCAUCGAGGGCCGCACCGACCGCCUGCAGGGAGGCCCCGUGCCCCAGGUGGUGGUGACCAGCUACGAGAUGCUGGCCAACCUGACCUGCAGCGGCUGCUGCGCCGGGGGACCCGCUGCCAAUAAGACCAACAAGUGCGCUGGCGCCGACCACUGCAUGGCAGCGCGAGGCUUCAAGGUGGUCAUUGUAGACGAGAGCCACACAAUGCGAACGCAGGACCGGCCGCCCGACUCGCGCAACACCGAGGCGGCUGUGGCGGCCGUACGCGCGGCCGCGCGCGCCGUGCUGCUGUCAGGAACGCCCUCGCUCAGCCGCCCCUACGACCUCUUCCGCCAGGUUGAUGCGCUGCGGCCGGGUCUGCUGGGGCCAAACCGAGAGGCGUUUGCGCACCGCUACUGCAACCGGCGCCUCGUCCCGGUCUUUGGUCGCGGCGGCGCUCAGCGCAUGAAGUGGUGCAACACCGGCCUCGCGUACGCCGCCGAACUCCACGCCCUCCUCAAACAGGAGGUGAUGCUGCGGCGGCUGAAGAGGGAAGUCAUGGCGCAGCUGCCGCCCAAGCGCCGCCAGGUCGUGCGCUUGCCGCCGCCACUCAAGCACCACUGGCCGCCCGAGCUACGCUCCCGGUCCGCCUCGGGUGAAGGCGGCUCGCAGGAUGAUGAUGACGAGGAUGAUGAUGUGGACGCUGACAGAGAUGCUGACAUGGACGCUGACGGGGACGGUCCGGCCGGGCAGCCCUCGGCGAUGAGCGUCGGGCAGCGCACGGGCCUUGCCAAGCUGCCCAACGUGCUGGAGUGGCUCCGGCACGCGCUCGGCUCCACCUCGGGCCGCGCCACUGCCGGCCAGGCCGCUGCGCAAGAGGCGCUGCCCAAGUUUCUCGUCUUUGCCCACCACAAGUCGGUGAUGGCGAAGCUGGCGGCCGCACUGGAGGGCGAGGAAGGGAACGCUGACUGGGCGGGCGCGGAGUACGUGCGCAUUGAGGGCGCCACCGAUCACCGCGACCGCCGUGAAGCAUGCGCGCGGUUCCGGGACGAUCCUUCCGUGCGUGUGGCGCUGCUAUCGGUCACCGCCGCCGGCACGGGGCUGGACUUCAGCGCGGCGAGUGCGGUGGUGUUUGCAGAGCUGCCGGAGGAGGUGUCCUCAGUUCGGCAGGCCGAAGACCGCGCGCACCGCCACGGCCAGCGCUUCCCCGUCAACGUCUACUUCCUGCUCGCGCGCGGCACCUCCGACGAACGCAGGUGGCAGAAUCUCAACCGGAGCCUGGAGCGCGUGUCCGCGGUGCAUGACGGCGGCGGCGCGGCCGGCGCGGCGGCAAUGGCGGGCGGCUCGGCGCCAGGUGAUUCUGCCGGGAUUGCGCUCGACGCCGUGCGCGACGUGGGCGGCGGCCUCGGCUGGGGCUGCACCCAGGCGCUGCCCAACCAGCCGCCAUCACAUGCUGAGUCUGAGCCGGAGGUGGUUGCGGCUUUUGCCCAGGCAGCCGUCAGUGCGUCAGACCCUGCUGCUGCGGAUCCAAAGUCACAGCAGGGCGGUAAUAUUGACAUUGCUGACGAAGACAGCAAUGAGGAAGCCAUGGUGGUGCCAGACUCCGAUGAUGACGAGGAUUGGGUCCCCUUGGCGAGGGGGGUACAAGCCCCCCCACCGGGGGGCACAGGGGGGCCCACCGGGGGAUCCUCUCCUGAGCCUGAUCAGGCAGCAGCGCCCAGCAACUCUGAAGAGCCUGAUGCAGCAGAAUCAGCUCCCGCGCCGGAUGGUGCUGAUUUUGGCAAAGCUCUGGAUGAUGACAGGCCCAAGGUGUGGUUUGAGGUAAGCCGCCAUACGAACCGCGUGCACUUCCACGGCUCGGCGGGCGGCAGCGACAUGCUGGGCCUGUCGCUGCCCAUGGACUUGCUGACUGUGCCUGAGGACCAGGGAACGCCCCAGACCAUCCUGGACCUCCUGGCUGCCGUCGGUGACAGGGAGGGCGGGAAGGCUGUGGUGGGGCAGGCGGGAUUGCUGGCAUUAGGGCCAGGGGUGGAUGCAAAAGAGGUGUUGCGAUGGAUCGGGGAGGCGCGCGAAUUUGCGGCCGAGUGGGGCGAGCUGCGGGCCCUGCACCAGAACCAGCUGGCGGGGACCCCCAUGCGGUGCCCACUGCAGGACGCGCUAAUUGUGCUCGAGGAGAAAGCAAAGGCGUCAGGCGCAUAUGGCAUCAGCACAGACCGCCAGCUGGACACAGGCCGGCCGCACAUGGCCCUGCCAUCUGGAGCUGAGCUAGCGACGGUGCAUGUGCGCUACGUUGGGCGCGGCAACACAGUGGCGUACAAGCAGGCCUUCACGGGCUCUGGUGCUCGUCUGUGCAUCCACUGCAUGAAGUCGGUGGAACUGAGCACCCUACCGCCCAGCGCGGUGCUGGAGGGCGCUGCGGACCUGUUCUGCGGCGUUUCCUGCGAGACGGCCUACGCGCUGCGCGCCGGCGGAGGGGCCCUGCGGCGUGCGCUGUUCCGGCUGGAGCGCGGCCGCUGCCAGAUCUGCCGCCUCGACACCGCCAACCUCCUCGCCCGACUCAGGGUGAUAGAGAAGGGGACGCGCAACUGGAAGGAGCGGCGGCAGGCGCGGCUGGCGCAGCUGGCGCCCGGCUUCUGCACGCGCGGCUUCAAGGCAGCUGCCGAGAAGCUGGUGAGUCAGUGCAUGGAAGGGAACGCAUGGCACGCCGACCAUACGCGCCCCGUCUACAAGGGCGGCGGCCUCUGCCAGCUGGAGAACCUGCGCACGCUCUGCGUCCCCUGCCACCAGGUGGUGACAAAGAAGCAGGCGUCGGAGAGGGCAGCCGAGCGGAAGCUGCACAAGCAGCACACCCUGCACUCCUUCAUGGCUGCCGCCCACCAAGCCGCCUUAGGCGAUACUGAGCAAAGGCGGGAAGGCGCAGGCUGUGCCAAUGCUACAACAACGCCUGCGGCGGCUGAGAAGCCGAGGCGGCAGUUGAAGCGCCUUUACACAGAUGAAACUGCGGACACGGAUUUCCAGUCGCCGCCACGGGCCAAGGCCGGUGCCAAGAAGAAGCCUCGAUGA